AUGUCUCCUGAUGGCGAUAACAAGGAUGGUGAUCAGAAGAAGGGCGGCAUCGCUGCUGGUGUUGGCUGGGUUACUUCGACGGUUGGGAACGGCGUGAGCGGCGUGGUGGGCACGGCCGGCAACGUCGUGGGCGCUGCCGGGCGCGGCGUCGGCGACACGGUCACGUCUACGACGGGGGAGGUGGGCCGGCCGGUCGGCGACGCGGUCAAGUUCGUGACGGGCGGGAUCGAGGGCGGGGCGGCGAGCGUGGCUGGGGGGGUGAAGAAGGCGGGAGGAGGUGGUGAUGGUGGGGGGAAGUAG